AUACAAAUAGAGAUAGAGUAAACUAAGCAAAGAAACAAGUCAAAUGUUCAUUGGGGCUCUCAAAACAAAACACACACAUACAAAACCCUCUUACAAAGCAAAAUCCAAGACCCUCCUACUUAUCUAAAAAAUCACAAACAAAAAAAAUAUUCCAAAUGGCUUUAGAAGCACUUUCUACCAAUGAACUCCUCAACUUCAUCAUCUAUGAUACAAUCUCUACCACCACCAACAACAACAACAAUCUUGAUGAAAAUGCCUUAUUUUUUGACAAUCAUGAAGAAAAUAAUGCCUUUUUAUUAAAACCUCAAGAUUUUUGUACUACUACUCCCUUAGAGCAACAAUAUUCCACCGCCGCCUCAGUGCCGCGACCAGACACUUCUAGGGAGAAGAAUAAUUUGUCGGUCGCGGCACAAUCAGGAGGCGGCGGUGGAGGGAGAAAGAAAAGGAGAAGAAGACCCAAAAUUUGUAAAAAUAAAGAGGAAGCUGAAAAUCAAAGAAUGACUCACAUUGCUGUUGAGAGAAAUAGAAGGAAACAAAUGAAUGAACAUCUUUCUGUUUUACGUUCACUCAUGCCUGAAUCUUAUGUUCAAAGGGGUGACCAAGCUUCAAUAGUUGGUGGUGCAAUUGAAUUCGUAAAGGAAUUGGAACACAUUCUACAAUCUCUCGAAGCUCAAAAAUUUGUAUUAUUACAACAACAACAAGGCGGUACUACUAGUAAUACUGGUGAUGGUUGUGAUGGUUAUGAUGUAGGAAAGACAGAAGUUUCGAGCGCGGAGUAUGUUGGGACCCCAUUUGCUCAAUUUUUCUCAUAUCCACAAUAUACAUGUUGUGAAUUACCAAACAAAUACACUUCAAAGAGCAAGGCAGCUAUAGCAGAUAUUGAAGUAACUUUAAUUGAAACACAUGCAAACGUUAGAAUAUUAUCAAGAAGAAGAUUUCGUCAGCUAUCUAAAUUGGUCGCUGCGUUUCAGUCAUUGUACAUUUCUGUCCUUCACCUCAAUGUCACCACUUUAGAUCCAUUGGUUCUUUAUUCAAUAAGUGCUAAGGUGGAGGAAGGUUGCCAACUAAACUCAGCAGAUGACAUAGCAGGUGCAGUCCACCACAUGCUAAGAAUAAUUGAGGAGGAAGAAGCUACACUUUCUUGCUAAGCCUAGGGAACAGAUCCCCCUAUUAUCUUUUAUUUAUCAUGUUUUUUUAAUUUUUCUUAGUUUGAAUCCACUAGAAAAAGAAAAAAAAAACUUGUUCAAUGUUCAUAUUAAUUAGUAUAGUAGAGUUCUUUCUUGUCGUCCUUGUACGUACGUACAACAUGAGCAGUGAUAUUUUUUGUUUAUAAAUGUGUGGCUUAUUUGAGUACAAUUA